AUGGCUAGCACAGUGGCCACACCCAUGUCCCUCCCGAGCUCCUCUGCGCCCCUGUCCCCCUCCCCUCCAGGACUGUCCCCGUCUACCCCGGGACUGUCCCCCUCCACUCCGGGACAGCUCAGCCCCGAUGAGUUGGAGCUUCUCGCCAAACUGGAGGAGCAGAACAGGCUGCUGGAGACAGACAGCAAGUCUCUGCGCUCAAUGAACGGCUCUCGGAGGAACAGCGGCUCGUCGCUGGUGUCCUCCUCCUCGGCCUCCUCCAACCUGUCCCACCUGGAGGAGGACAUCUGGAUCAUGUGGGGACGCAUCGUCAACGAGUGGGAGGAAGUGCGCAAGAAGAAGGACAAGCUGGUCAAGGAUCUUGUGAGAAAAGGGAUUCCUCACCAUUUCCGUGCAAUCGUGUGGCAGCUGCUGUGUAACGCUCAGAACAUGCCAAUCAAAGAUCAAUACUCGGAGCUGCUCAAGAUGACGUCUCCGUGUGAAAAACUGAUCCGCCGGGACAUCGCACGUACUUAUCCAGAGCACGACUUCUUUAAGGAGGACAGUCUGGGCCAGGAGGUGCUCUUCAAUGUCAUGAAGGCAUAUUCCCUUGUGGAUCGUGAGGUGGGGUAUUGUCAAGGAAGUGCCUUCAUCGUAGGACUGCUCCUCAUGCAGAUGCCAGAGGAGGAGGCGUUUUGUGUGUUUGUCAAGUUGAUGCAAGAAUACAGGUUACGGGAGCUCUUCAAACCCAGUAUGGCCGAGCUGGGACUCUGCAUGUACCAGUUUGAGAGCAUGAUACAAGAGCACCUCCCAGAGCUGCACAUGCACUUCCAGGCUCAGAGCUUCCACACUUCGAUGUACGCCUCGUCCUGGUUCCUCACCAUCUUCCUCACCUCGUUCCCUCUGCCCGUGGCCACCAGGAUCUUCGACAUCUUCAUGAGUGAGGGUCUGGAGAUUGUGUUUCGUGUUGGUUUGGCCAUUCUGCAGAUGAACCAGGCUGAACUCAUUCAACUUGAUAUGGAGGGAAUGUUACAGCACUUUCAGAGGGUCGUCCCUCACCAGUUCGACAGUGGGCCGGACAAGGUCAUACAGUCCGCUUACCAAGUCAAAUACAACGCCAAGAAGAUGAAGAAGCUGGAGAAAGAGUACACUACAAUCAAAACUAAAGAGAUGGAGGAGCAGGUCGAGAUCAAAAGACUACGCACAGAGAACCGGCUCCUGAAGCAGAGGAUCGACACGUUGGAGAAGGAAAGUGCUUCCUUGGCAGAUAGAUUGAUACAGGGGCAGGUGACGCGCGCUCAGGAGGCUGAAGAGAACUACCUGGUCAAACGGGAGCUGGCCACAGUCAAACAGCAGAGUGAGGAGGCCACAGUGCAGCUGGAGCAGGCCCUGAAAACCAUCAGCAAACUGCAGGAUCAGCCACACGCGAAGGGGGUCCCUCGGUAUUCGGAGGAGGCCAUGCUGCAGCUGGAGAGAGAGUUGGUCCAGGCUCGACUGAAGGAGGCGGAGUCUCAGUGUGCGCUCAAAGAGAUGCAGGACAAGAUCCUGGACAUUGAGAAGAGGAACACGUCUCUGCCCGAUGACACUAACGUGGUUCGGCUGCAGGAGGAGUUGAUCGGAGUGAAGAUCAGAGAGGCCGAGGCGCUGACCGGACUGAAGGAGCUGAGGCAUCAAGUGCACGACCUGGAGGACCACUGGCAGCGUCACUUGGCGCGUACGAGUGGCCGGUGGAAGGACACUCCGAAGAAGAGCGCGGUGGCGGAGCUCCAGGAUGAGCUCAUGACUGUGCGUCUGCGGGAGGCUGAGGCGCAGGCCGAACUCCGGGAAACCAGGCAGAGGAUGCUGGAGCUGGAGACACAGAAUCAGAUCCACAGUAACCAGCUGAGGAGAGCGGAGCAGGAGAGCCGAUGUCUGACAGAGCGAGUCCAGACCCUGACCACUCAGAACAAGGAUCUACAUUCACAGCUACAGGAGAUAAAGCGCAGACAGGCAGAGAUUGAGUGCAAGAGUAAAGAGGAAGUGAUGGCUGUGCGACUACGAGAGGCCGACAACAUUGCUGCCAUGGCUGAACUCCAACAACAUAUCUCAGAGCUCGAGAUUCAGAAGGAGGAGGGGAAGGUGCAGGGGCAGCUGAACCACACAGACUCCAGUCAGUACAUCAGGGAGCUGCAGGAGCAGAUAGUGGAGCUCAGACAAGAGAUCUGCUGUCUCAAAGGCCAAAGGGGUAUGUCCAACCAGUCCACAUUUGACGGCAUCAACCUUGUCAACCACUUCGGCAAUCUGGAGUCUUACCACUCUUCCGACGAGGACAGAUCCCGCGACCCCAGCCUCCAGGAAGUUCCCAGUCCGGACCAGAGGGGAGGCCCAGGCCGCAUCCGCCUCAGACCCAACCUCCCGGACACCGACAGCGACGAAGACGAAGGGGAGGAAGAACUGAGACUCACUGUUCCUCCCACAGCCAAUCAUAUGUCCACUACGGUGUGA